CGCAGCCGCGGGCGCAGCGAUGGCGGCGGCCGCCGCCGUGUGAGGGCGAGGGCGGCCCGGCCGCCGCCCCCGCUCCCCGCCCGCUCCCGAUCCCUCUCCCGCUCCCGUUCCCUCUCCCGAUCUCGGCCCCGGACCUGCAAUAUGAAGGCAGCGCCGGGCAGCGCCGAGGAGGCGGAGAAGCUGAACAAGAUGAGCUCCCUCCUGGAAAGGCUCCACGCCAAGUACAGCCAGAACCGGCCCUGGACAGAAACCAUGAAGCUGGUCCGUCAGGUCAUGGAAAAGCGAGUGGUGCUGAAYUCGGGAGGGCACCAGCACCUGGUGAGCUGCUUGGAGACGCUGCAGAAGGCCCUGAAAGUGUCAUCUCUGCCUGCCAUGACUGAUCGCUUGGARUCCAUCGCCAGGCAAAGCGGCCUCGGAUCCCACCUGAGUGCGAACGGCACYGAGUGUUACAUCACCUCAGACAUGUUUUAUGUGGAAGUGCAGUUGGAUCCUACAGGGCUGCUCUGUGAUGUCAAGGUGGCUCACCAUGGAGAAAACCCUGUGAGCUGUCCAGAACUGGUGCAACACCUGAGAGAGAAAAAUUUUGAUGAGUUUUCAAAGCAUCUGAGGGGACUUGUGAACCUCUAUAAGCUGCCAGGGGACAACAAACUUAAAACUAAAAUGUACUUGGCUCUGCAGUCCUUGGAGUUGGAUCUCCAAAAGAUGGCCGGGAUGUAUUGGCAAGCCACCAAUGCAAACCCUUUGGACAAGAUCCUCCAUGGCAGUGUUGGUUAUCUCACCCCCAGGAGUGGAGGUCUCCUGAUGAACCUCAAAUAUUACGUCUCCCCCUAUGAUUUAUUUGAGGAUGGCACCGGAGCCCCCGUGAUUUUGCACGAGAACAAUGUUCCUCGCUCGCUGGGUAUGAACGUGUCCGUGACAGUCGAGGGGACCAUGGCAAUGCACAAACUUCCAAUUGCUCCACUGAUCAUGGGCUCCCACCCCGUGGACAGCAAAGGGACUCCAUCUUUCUCCUCGAUCACCAGUGCCAACAGCGUGGACUUGCCAGCUUGUUUCUUCCUGAAAUUCCCACGGCCCAUUCCGGUGUCUCGAGCCUUCAUUCAGAAACUCCAGAGCUGCACAGGUAUCCCACUGUUUGACACAGCACCCACGUUUGUGCCCCUGUACGAGCUGAUCACACAGUUUGAGUUAUCCAAGGAGGCCGAUCCCCUGCCCCUGAACCACAACAUGCGCUUCUAUGCAGCUCUUCCAGGACAGCAGCACUGUUACUUCCUGAACAAAGACGCUCCUCUCCCGGAYGGGCGAAGCCUGCAGGGAACUCUGAUCAGUAAAAUCGCCUUCCAGCACCCCGGCCGGGUGCCCCUCAUCCUCAACUUGAUCCGACACCAGGUGGCCUACAACACCCUCAUCGGCAGCUGUGUCAAGAGGACAGUCCUCAAGGAAGAUUCUCCUGGGAUCCUGCAGUUUGAAGUUUGUCCUCUCUCUGACUCCCGUUUCAGUGUAUCCUUCCAGCACCCRGUGAACGACUCCCUGGUGUGUGUGGUGAUGGAUGUGCAGGACUCCACCCAUGUGAACUGUAAGCUGUACAAAGGGCUGUCUGAUGCCCUCAUCUGCACAGAUGAUUUCAUUGCCAAGGUUGUUCAAAGGUGCAUGUCCAUCCCUGUCACCAUGAGAGCCAUCCGUAGGAAAGCAGAAACCAUUCAAGCUGACACCCCAGCRCUGUCCCUCAUUGCAGAGACAGUCGAAGACAUGGUGAAGAAAAACCUGCCCCCCGCCAGCAGCCCAGGGUAUGGCAUGACCACAGGCAGCAACCCAAUGAGCGGGACCACCACCCCAACCAACACUUUUCCUGGGGGGCCCAUCACUACUUUGUUUAACAUGAGCAUAAGCAUGAAAGAGAGGCAUGACUCGGUGGGCCAUGGGGAGGACUUCAGCAAAGUGUCUCAGAACCCUAUUCUCACUAGUUUGUUGCAGAUCACAGGGAAUGUGGGGUCUACCAUUGGCUCAAGUCCAACCCCCCCACACCACACACCACCACCAGUAUCCUCACCAGCCAGCAACACCAAGAACCACCCCAUGCUCAUGAACCUUCUUAAGGAGAAUCCCCCUCAGGAUUUCUCCACUCUGUAUGGGAGCAGCCCUCUGGAAAGGCAGAACUCUUCCUCUGGCUCCCCCAGAAUGGAAAUGGGCCCUGGGGGGAAUAAGCAAAAGAAAAAAAAAUCCCGCAUGCCAGCCGACAAGCCCAAGCACCAGACUGAGGAUGAUUUCCAGAGGGAGCUCUUUUCCAUGGAUGUUGACUCCCAGAACCCCAUUUUUGAUGUCAACAUGACUGCAGACACCCUGGACACCCCUCAUAUUACUCCAGCACCCAGCCAGUGCAGCACUCCUCCUACCACCUACCCCCAGGCCAUCCCCCACGCGCAGCCCAGUAUCCAGAGGAUGGUUCGCCUGUCCAGCUCGGACAGCAUCGGGGCCGAUGUCACCGACAUCCUCUCGGAUAUAGCAGAGGAGGCUUCCAAGCUGCCCACCAGUACCGAGGACUGCCCACCCAUUGGGACUCCAGUCAGAGACUCUUCUAGUUCAGGACAUUCACAAAGUGCCCUCUUUGACCCCGAUGUUUUUCAGACCAACAGUAGCGAGAACCCUUACACAGACCCCGCAGAUCUGAUCGCAGAUGCCGCUGUGAGCCCCAACAGCGACUCCUCCAACCAUUUUUUUCCAGAYGGGGUAGAUUUCAACCCUGACUUGCUGAACAGUCAGAGCCAGAGUGGUUUUGGGGAGGAAUACUUUGAUGAGAGCAGUCAGAGUGGAGACACUGAUGAUUUCAAGGGUUAUGCCCCCCAGGCUCUAACUAAUUUGGGGGUGCAAGUCUUGGGGGCUGACGGGGGGGAAAAUAAAUUUAAGGGGAGCGCUCCRUCCGAGACGGUGGAUUUUAGUAUUAUUGCAGCUGCCAGCAAAGCACUGGGCUCCUCUGACAUCAUGGAGCACCACAGUGGAGGGCAGAGCCCUUUGCUGAACACGGGGGAUUUGGGAAAAGAGAAGUCUCAGAAACGGGUAAAGGAAGGCAAUGGGUCUGGAAGUGCCAUGGCGGGCGCUGGGAUAGACGGGAAACCGGGGAAGCGCAGCCGGACGCCGUCCAGCGAUGGKAAAAGCAAAGAGAAACUCCCAAAGCGGAAGAAGCAGGAGACAGACGGGAAGUCUCCAUCUCACAGUUCAUCCAACAGGCCCUUCACGCCACCAGCAAGCACAGGUGGGUCCAAAUCUCCAGGGAGUUCGGGCAGAUCUCAGACUCCUCCCGGGGUAGCCACUCCUCCUAUUCCAAAAAUAACCAUUCAGAUCCCAAAAGGAACAGUGACUGUUGGCAAACCCUCUUCACACGGCCAGUACACGAGUAGUGGUUCUGUCACCUCCAGCAGCAAAAGCCAUCAUAGCCAUUCUGCCUCCUCCUCCUCUUCUUCCUCCUCUUCAACCUCAGGCAAAAUUAAAAGCAAAUCAGAAGGGUCUUCUGGCUCAAAGAUGAGCAGCAGCCUCUACUCCAGCCAAGGCGGCUCCGGUUCGGGUCAGUCCAAGGGCUCGGCCCAGUCGGUGGGAAAGCCAGGAUCCUCCCCCAUCACCAAGCACGGCCUCAGCACCGGCUCUGGCAGCACCAAGAUGAAACCUCAAGGAAAGCCAUCGUCCCUCAUGAACCCUUCCAUGAGCAAACCAAACAUCUCUCCAUCUCACUCGAGACCCUCGGGGGGUUCUGACAAACUCGCCUCUCCCAUGAAACCUGUCCCAGGCACUCCCCCGUCRUCUAAAGCGAAAUCACCCAUCAGUUCAGGUUCCGGUGGGUCCCACAUGUCUGGGACUGGAUCGAGCUCRAGCAUGAAAUCAUCUUCAGGAAUGGGAUCCUCUGGGUCUAUGUCACAGAAACCACCUCCCUCCUCCAAUUCCUCCACGGCAUCUUCAUCUUCCUUUUCAUCCAGUGGGUCUUCCAUGUCUUCAUCCCAGAACCARCAUGGAAGCUCCAAAGGCAAGUCCCCCAGCAGAAACAAGAAGCCAUCGCUGACCGCAGUCAUAGACAAGCUGAAGCACGGCGUGGUCACGAGCGGGCCUGGCGGAGAYGACCCCAUGGAUGGACAGAUGGGGCCGAGUAACAAUUCCUCAAGCCAUACCAUGUCCUCCAAACACAACAUGUCUGGAGGGGAGUUCCAGGGAAAGCGGGAGAAGAGCGACAAGGAGAAAUCGAAGGUCUCUGUUUCUGGAGGAUCCGUCGACUCUUCCAAGAAGAACUCGGAUUCCAAAAACGUCGGGAGCACUGGAGUGGCCAAAAUCAUCAUCAGCAAACAYGAUGGUGGUUCCCCCAGCAUUAAAGCCAAAGUAACCCUGCAAAAACCYGGGGAGGGGGGCGGGGACGGCCUGAGGCCUCAGAUGGCUUCUUCCAAAAGCUACGGAUCCCCCCUGAUCAGCGGCUCCACCCCCAAACACGAGCGCUGCUCCCCCAGCCACAGCAAAUCCCCGGCCUACACCCCCCAGAACAUGGACAGCGAGAGUGAGUCGGGCUCGUCCAUCGCCGAGAAAUCCUACCAGAACAGCCCCAGUUCCGAYGAUGGCAUCCGGCCCCUGCCCGAGUACAGCGCCGAGAAACACAAGAAGCACAAAAAGGAGAAGAAAAAAGUGAAAGAUAAAGAUCGGGACAGAGACCGGGAUCGGGAUAAGGACAGGGACAAGAAGAAAUCGCACGGGAUGAAGCCGGAGAGCUGGUCCAAAUCCCCGAUCUCGGCCGAUCAGUCUCUGUCCAUGGCGAGCAGCACCAUCCUCUCGGCUGAGCGGCCGUCACGGGCCAGCCCCGAGUUCCUGAUCGGGGAGGAAGAUGAUGAUCUCAUGGAUGUUGCUCUAAUUGGCAAUUAAUUCUCCUGGACGAGCUGUCUGCAAGGCCUGCGGGUCCUGGAAGGAAGGAAGGA